UCAGUAUUGGAUCCAGUCGAUAUUUGGUAAUAUUUGCCUUCACGAGACGCGAUGUUGAAGUUAACCCGUGUGCUGCCGCUGCGACGCACGGGCACGCGCCUGUACAGCGCCUUCCACGACCCACUCGACCUCGUCACGGGCCUGGAGAAGAGGGAACUGCUCGCGCACCUCGCGGGCGACUGCGACCCCUUCCGUAUCUUGUGCUUUAAAAGAGGUCCGGGCACUCGCGAGCGUCCGAACCUGGUGCCGAGCGCGUUCCACUCGCGGCUGGUGGGCUGCAAGUGCCACCCGGACACGUACCACUGCGAGUGGAUGUGGCUGCACGCCUCGGAGCCCAAGCGCUGCGCCUGCGGCUACUGGUUCGAGCUCUGCCCCAUCGCGCCCAUCGUCACCUGAUCUAUACGUAGCACAAUAAAUAACAAGCUUAUUUAUA